CAUGAUACAUAACCCACUCCUCAUUGCGAUCCCGACAGAAACCACCCACGUGGCUGGCGGCACAAUAGCACAAUGGUUCUGUUCAUCAGAUGAGACGAGAAAGCUCCAUGCCUUUUUCUAGGUCGGGGUCCUUGCUACUUCCCUUACAGACCUUAGUUUCUCGACUUUCAGUACUCAACCUUACUGGUAUACUCCAGGGAUACUGUACUGUACGUACCCUUCCUGCACUCCUUCGCGAAGGGGAGAACAUCUCGACUGAGUAUCCCUUUCAUCAAGGGUUCACGAUCCCUGAUCUGGGGGUCGAGAAAAGCGAGCCAACACCUUGUCGCGACGAAUCCUUUUUACUGCCCUGCAGUCUGGGAGUGUCUAAUAUCAUCCUACCCAUUCAUUAACUUUUCAGUAGCCAACUAGUGCCCUUCUUUGCGAAGAUACUCCCGUAGCAAGCGCAGCCUUGCUGAUCGGAAGCCCACAAUUGCCUACUCGGGGUAUUGAUCAUAACACUUCUCUGGUCGCAAACACGGUAGAGUUC